AUUCACGGGUUGUUUUGUUCUUCAUUUUAUCGGCGUGUCUAGGCUGUGCGCAUUCAGUGGUGUCGCGAGUCUAUUGAACAUGGCCGAAAACAAUGGCAAUGGUUACUGAGUCGACUUUGUUGUAUCCCUUGCGCACUUGUCAGUACCGAAGCGGAGGCCUCUGAUAAAAACUAAAAGCUAACUCAUCUGUCCGACAGCAAAGUGAGUAAUCGUCGCUCCUGCGGAACAACCCCCAUCUCGGGCCCCCGCCCCCUCGUUCCUUGUUAUUGAGUACUUCACCCCAAAUACACAGCGGAUUUUUUCCGUACAUUAUGCACAGCGACUACCCAUCAACAGGCGCUGUCCCCAUGAUGCAAAAUUGAAAAGGGAAGGUCAUAACUGCUUGGUCGAGCCAAGGUGAGAGAUGAGGCUCUCAUAACUAAGGUCAAAAUAGGCGCUGCGAGGUGGCUAAUAUUAUGGCAACUGCUAUUCAGAAGAAUGGCAUGAAACACCUGACGAAUGGAGCGCUAAAUCAUGUCGACAAUGUCAGUAGUCUGGAAAGAACAGGUAUGCACCCGGACAGCAAGGAUGUCAUGCUCGCCGAGGAACAGGAACAGCCUGAGAUACAGGGAGAGAUGGAAGUUCGCGAGACUGAGGCCCCGGAGAUGGAGGCCCCUGAGAUAGACAUUGUGAUAAACAACGUAGUGUGCAGUUUCAGCGUCAGGUGCCACCUCAAUUUGCGCAAGAUCGCGCUCGAAGGAUCAAAUGUUGAGUACCGGAGAGAAAAUGGGAUGAUAACUAUGAAAUUGCGCCGGCCUUAUACGACUGCAUCAAUAUGGUCAUCAGGCAAAGUGACGUGCACAGGAGCAACAAGCGAGGACCAGGCAAAGAUCGCAGCUCGACGCUUUGCCCGCUCCCUGCAGAAGCUUGACUUCAAAGUCCGUUUCAAUAAUUUCCGGGUAGUCAACGUCCUGGGCACAUGCUGUAUGCCGUUCGCCAUAAAAAUCACAUCAUUCUCGGUCCGGCACAAAGAUAUUGCGGACUACGAGCCAGAGAUUCAUCCUGGCGUUACAUACAAACUGAAGGAGCCAAAGGCCACCCUCAAAAUAUUCUCAACAGGAAGCGUUACCGUGACUGCUCCUAGUGUGGCGGCAGUGCAGGCAGCGAUUGAACACAUCUUUCCACUAGUCUACGAGUUCCGCAAGGAACGAACGCCGGAGGACCAGCUUGCCCUGCAAAUCAAGAAGCGAGGUCUGGCUGGAAACAAGCGGUCGGGCAAUUGCCCCGGUGCCUUUCCGCCGGAGGUAGUGCCAGUACCGGAUGACGACGCGAUGGUCUCAGAUGACGAAGGCGACGCCAGCGACGCGAGCUGGAACUGAUUUGCCUUUGUCGCUUGGGAGUGCUGGCUUGCGUUUCUCAGAGACAACACAAACACGAUGUGCUAUUUUACUGUGUGUCGGACAAUCGCGCCGGAACCGAGCAGUAGCCGUGGCGGAGUUACAGGACCGUGCUGUGCGUAAUUUAUGUUUUUUUGAGCCAAUACGCGAGGGACGAAAAAGAGGAAGUGAAAGAGAUAGAGAGCGGGCGGGCGGGAAGGGAAAGUGAAAUAGAGAAAUAGAAACUGAGAGGAGAGCAGAGAGUUGAGAAUGCGCGCACGAUAUCGCAAUCCUUGACUCACGCCUCCUGCGAUUAAGGGUGAAGGAGCGAAAGGUAAAUGCUUGGUUGACUAGUCGAGUGUGUUGUAUUCGAAUUAACUUCUUUCAAUCAAUUUACUCGAUAAUAAUACAAUUCAAAGGGCUGCAUUGGUGCUCGCUGAUUUAGCUGGCCACAAAUGAAACCGUACGGUGUUUCGUCGAACGGCGCCCAGUCUACGCAAACGUCGACAAGAAAAUUUGUGACGCUCUCCCGUGCGUAUUACUAUAAUUUUUAUUUUAUUUUUAUUUUUUGUUUCCUGUAAUAAUGUACCGUGCCAAAGAUCGAUGUUCAAAAUUGGAGGCAAAGUUAUUGUUGUUGUGUAGAACAUUACUUGUACAGCUGAAGAUUUUGUUCAUUAUAAGAAUAAGUUUUCUCAUUAUUCAUACGUUACUAUCCUUUUUCGUAAUUACAAACAGCGAUCAGUCGGUUACAAUUGUUUAGUAAAAAAUAUGGAAGUCUAUCAUUUCUUUUGUAAAAUUGUAAUCCCAACUGGCACUCGCUACCUUUGCUCGUAACGAUACGUCGACUCGAAUGUCGUUGCGUCAGCUCACGGGUAUGGAAAAACUGCCAAAAUCUGACACGUGGUGUCAGGUCCGCGUUGCCCGUCUCGAUUCAUACUCAGUUAUCACUCAAACACAAUUUGCAAAAAUAAAUAUAAUGUCGAGCCUUCGAUAAAUAUUGCAGACUUCUCCAACGCCCUGUGAUAUUAGAAGAAUUCGGUAGAAAGGUAGUAAGCGAAAGAGUCAGGGAGCGAGGGAGGAUUCGGUGAGUCUUUCAUCAAUUCCCGGCAAAUCAUACAGCGGCGCGAACAGGUAUUUGUCCAUGUUUGCUCGCACGGAACUCAACGAUCUUCCAGAUCCCGAUAUGCGGUUGAAAAUUUCAGGACAUAUGAUUAUUGAACUAUCGAACAAUUAAGGAAAAUGCUUAUAAUCCUUUAUUGAUUAUGUGUCUAACCAGAAUCUCAAUGUUGAGGUUUAGAAAAAAAAUUGAAACGAAAACACAAUGUGACCUUGUUACAUUAAUUGGAACGAUGUAGCCAGGAGAGAAUCCAUCCGGCUUGAACCAUUCUCUACAUGUCAUAAAUACACAAUUGAACCCUAACGUUCGGUCUUUGGCCGUUAGCAAGGGUUAACCAGCCUCAUAGAUAUCAACAGAGAUUUCUGUAACGAUAUUUACGCCGCUAGUAAAUACACAUAAAUACUCGUG